UCCCACAAACACCCGGAGCGUCACCGAGGAGGUCUUUUAUCUUUCGCCUCCAUCGUCCUCGUCAACAUGUCGGCGGCCAGCGACUUUGGGAACCCUCUACGGAAAUUCAAACUGGUCUUCCUGGGGGAGCAGAGUGUUGGGAAGACGUCUCUGAUCACACGCUUCAUGUAUGACAGCUUUGACAACACCUACCAGGCAACCAUCGGGAUUGACUUCCUGUCGAAAACGAUGUACCUGGAAGACCGAACGGUGAGGCUGCAGCUGUGGGACACGGCGGGACAAGAGCGCUUCAGGAGCCUGAUCCCGAGCUACAUACGAGACUCCACCGUGGCCGUGGUGGUCUACGACAUCACAAACGUGAACUCCUUCCAGCAGACGUCCAAGUGGAUCGAAGACGUAAGAACAGAGAGAGGAAGUGAUGUCAUCAUCAUGCUGGUGGGCAAUAAAACAGACCUGGCAGAUAAGAGGCACAUCACCAUUGAGGAAGGCGAGCAGCGGGCUAAAGAGCUGAGCGUCAUGUUCAUAGAGACCAGCGCCAAGACAGGUUUCAACGUCAAACAGUUGUUUCGCCGCGUGGCCGCCGCUCUCCCCGGGAUGGAAAGUAUGCAGGAGAGCAGCAAAGAAGGAAUGAUCGACAUCAAGUUGGACAAACCGCAGGAGCCGCAGACGAGCGAGGCGGGCUGCUCAUGUUAAUCGUGGCCACGUCCGCUUCCACCUCCCCCCGUGCUUCUUACAUCUUCACUUCCUUUUGGUUUGAAGGCCUCCUCCUGGUCCCCGACUGCUGGUCAGUGUUGACAGAGAAAGCAAUGUGACCAUGAAGCUGCCAAAAAGAGUCCAAACACCACGAUGAUGAUCUAACUGGCCAGAUCCCCCGCUUUGUUUUUGUAUUUUUGAUAAUGUUGUUUGAGAUCCAGGAUGACCCCGCCUCCCUUGUUAGCGUCCUGGGAAGUCCACCACUCAGCCUUUUAGAUCAAGUAUCCAUGCAUGCUUCUGUCUGUGUAAGGUAACAUCACACACACACACACACACACACACACACACACACACACACACACACACACACUAUUGUAUUUCUUGCCUUCUUGAGACCUGAGAAAAAUGCCUCCCUCUUUAGGACCAGCCUUUCUAGAUAUAUAAAGAAGUGUAUUUACAACAUUUAUAAUAUAUACAUACUAUGCAAAUAUAAAAAAGCUUGUUGUGAAAAAUGAGUUGGAAGAAAAAGGUCACAAUGUCACAAGAAAAAAUUUGGCAGCGUUAUAAUAAAAGUCGUAAUUUUACUCAACGCAAGUCAAAAUGUUACAAGAAAAACCGAACAUGUGUGCAAUAUUAUGAUAAAAGUUGGAAUUGUACUCAAUAACAGUCGCAAUUUUACAAGAAAAGCUUAAAAUUUGGGCAAUUUUAUGAAAAGAGUCGUCAUUUUACUCGACAAAAGUCACAAUUUUAUAAGAAAACUUUUGGCAAUAUAUUAAUAAUAAUCGGAAUUUUACUUGGCAAAAUGAUGACAAAAGUCAUAAUUUUACUCAAAAAAUUUCACUAUAUACAACAACAAAAUUGGCAAUAUUGUGAUAAAAGCCAGAAUUUGAUGACAAAAGUCACCAUUUUGCAUUAAAAAGUAAUACUUUUACAUAAAAAAGUAAUAAUUUGACCAGAAAAUAGUGCAAUAUUACAGAAACAGAAAGAAUAUGAGAAAUAGUUCCCAAUUUCAUAAGAAAAAGUCGACACAUUGUGAGAAAAAGACUGCUUUUAGGUAAAAAAAAAAAAAGUUGAAUUUUUUGUUUGUAAUUUGGUUUUAAUUUUCAUUAAGUUAUUAUAGUAUGUCUCUAUAUACAUUUUUUUUAAAAUAAUUUGUGGCCAAAGGGGGCGCAUUUCAAUUUCUUACACACACUUGUUAUUUCAUAUGUUGACCAUUUUGUUGAAUUUUGUGUUAUUGGUUUUUAAUCUUCUUUAUUUACUUCGUUAUUACAGUAUGUCUCCAUAUACAUAUUUAUUUAUUUAUUUAAUAAUUUGUGGCCAGAGGGGGCGCGUUUCAAUUUCUUACACACACUUGUUAUUUCAUAUGUUGACCAGAGGGGGAGCACUUUUAAAAGCGACACACAGUCAAUGUGAAAAAUCCCUCCUUUUUGGGACCACCCUCAUUUUGAUAGAUGUCACCACAAAUGAGACAUUGUCUAUUAGAUGCAAUGUUAUUGGGACCAUGAUUUAUGUCAUCACUAGUUCACACCUCUACAUAUGGAAGAUACUUUUCCUUCUUCACGUCUCAAGGAGGAUAGAAAUACAAACACACACACACACACACACACACACACACACAUUCUUGUAUUUGUUACCUUCUUGAGACCUGAGAAAAAUGCCUCCCUCUUUAGGACCAGCCUUUUUAGAUAUAUAAAGAAGUGUAUUUACAACAUUAAUAAUAUAUACAUACUAUGCAAAUAUAAAAAAGCUUGUUGUGAAAAAUGAGUUGGAAGAAAAAGGUCACAAUGUCACAAGAAAAAAUUUGGCAGUGUUAUAAUAAAAGUCGUAAUUUUACUCAACGCGAGUCAAAAUGUUACAAGAAAAACUGAACAUUUGUGCAAUAUUAUGAUAAAAGUUGGAAUUGUACUCAAUAACAGUCGCAAUUUUACAAGAAAAGCUUAAAAUUUUGGCAAUUUUAUGAAAAGAGUCGUCAUUUUACUCGACAAAAGUCACAAUUUUAUAAGAAAACUUUUGGCAAUAUAUUAAUAAUAAUCGGAAUUUUACUUGGCAAAAUGAUGACAAAAGUCAUAAUUUUACUCAAAAAAUUUCACUAUAUACAACAACAAAAUUGGCAAUAUUGUGAUAAAAGCCAGAAUUUGAUGACAAAAGUCACCAUUUUGCAUUAAAAAGUAAUACUUUUACAUAAAAAAGUAAUAAUUUGACCAGAAAAUAGUGCAAUAUUACAGAAACAGAAAGAAUAUGAGAAAUAGUUCCCAAUUUCAUAAGAAAAAGUCGACACAUUGUGAGAAAAAGAUUGCUUUUAGGUAAAAAAAAAAAAGUUGAAUUUUUUGUUUGUAAUUGGUUUUUAAUCUUCUUUAUUUACUUCGUUAUUACAGUAUGUCUCUAUGUACAUAUUUAUUUAUUUUUUUAAUAAUUUGUGGCCAAAGGGGGCGCGUUUCAAUUUCUUACACACACUUGUUAUUUCAUAUGUUGACCAGAGGGGGAGCACUUUUAAACGCGACACACAGUCAAUGUGAAAAAUCCCUCCUUUUUGGGAGCACCCUCAUUUUGAUAGAUGUCACCACAAAUGAGACAUUGUCUAUUAGAUGCAUUGUUAUUGAUUUAUGUCAUCACUUGUUCACACCUCCUCAUAUGGAAGGUACUUUUCCUUCUUCAUGUCUCAAGGAGGGUAGAAAUACAAGAACACACACACACACACCAGUGUGUUACCUUGUGUACAUGUGCACUCUCUUGUAAAUAUGUGAGCCCAGGACAAACUUUGACCUUUGACACUGCAUGGGACGAGGACCACUUUUGUUACUUUCAUAGUGCAGCCUCUAAAGUGGAACACGUUGCCAUGGUGAUUGUCAUAUAGUGUACGUGCGAUGAUGAUAUUCCAUUACCGUCUAUAUCAGGGGUGUCCAAACUUUUUCCACUGAGGGCCGCUCACUUAAAAAAAAUCAAAAGAUUUUGGGGGCCAUUUUGAUAUUUUUCAAUUCUAAAACCAACACAAUGUACUGUUUGAACCUGUUUAGUGAAUGUUAAAGUUCCCGGGGACUCCAAAUACACUAUAUUGCCAAAAGUAUUUGGCCACCCAUCCAAAUGAUGACAAUCAGGUGUCCUAAUCACAGGUGUAUCAAAUCAAGCACUUAGGCAUGGAGACUGUUUCUACAAACAUUUGUGAAAGAAUGGGCCGCUUUCAGUGAUUUCCAGCGUGGAACUGUCAUAGGAUGCCACCUCUGCAACAAAUCCAGUCGUGAAAUUUCCUCGCUCCUAAAUAGGGAUGUCCGAUAAUGGCUUUUUGCCGAUAUCCGAUAUUCCGAUAUUGUCCAACUCUUUAAUUACCGAUACCGAUAUCAACCGAUACCGAUAUCAACCGAUAUAUGCAGUCGUGGAAUUAACACAUUAUUAUGCCUAAUUUGGACAACCAUGUAUGGUGAAGAUAAGGUACUUUUUUAAAAAAAUAAUAAAAUAAGAUAACUAAAUUAAAAACAUUUUCUUGAAUAAAAAAGAAAGUAAAACAAUAUAAAAACAGUUACAUAGAAACUAGUAAUUAAUGAAAAUGAGUAAAAUGAACUGUUAAAGGUUAGUACUAUUAGUGGAGCAGCAGCACGCACAAUCAUGUGUGCUUACGGACUGUAUCCCUUGCAGACUGUAUUGAUAUAUAAUGUAGGAACCAGAAUAUUGAUAACAGAAAGAAAUGGGGGGAGGGAGGUUUUUUGGGUUGGUGCACUAAUUGUGAGUGUAUCUUGUGUUUUUUAUGUUGAUUUAAUAAAACCCCCCCCAAAAAAACGAUACAGAUAAUAAAAAAACCGAUACCGAUAAUUUCCGAUAUUACAUUUUAACGCAUUUAUCGGCCGAUAAUAUCGGCAGGCCGAUAUUAUCGGACAUCCCUACUCCUAAAUAUUCCAAAGUCAACUUUAUUAUAAGAAAAGUGGAAGAGUUCAGGAACAACAGCAACUCAGCCACCAAGUGGUAGGCCAGGUAAACUGACAGAGAGGUCAGCAUAGUGCAAAGACUUUCUGCACAGUCAGUUGCUACAGAGCUCCAAACUUCAUGUGGCCUUCCAAUUAGCCCACGUACAGUACGCAGAGAGCUUCAUGGAAUGGGUUUCCAUGGCCGAGCAGCUGCAUCUAAGCCAUACAUCACCAGCGUGAGAUGCAGUGGUGUAAAGCAUGUCGCCACUGGACUCUAGAGCAGUGGCAACGCCUUCUCUGGUGUGAUGAAUCGCGCUUUUCCAUCUGGCAAUCUGAUGGACCAGUCUGGGUUUGGAGGUUGCCAGGAGAACGCUACAUUUCGGAGUGUGAAAUUUGGCAGAAGUUGGGCUUAACCCCUUAGUUCCUAGUAGAACUUUGAAUGCUCCAGGAUACCAAAACAUUGUGGACAAUUCCAUGCUCCCAACCUUGUGGGGACAGUUUGGAGCGGGCCCCUUCCUCUUCCAACAUGACUGUGCACCAGUGCACAAAGCAAGGUCCAUAAAGACAUGGAUGACAGAGUCUGGUGUGGAUGAACUUGACUGGCCUGCACAGAGUCCUGACCUGAAACCCGAUAGAACACCUUUAGGAUGAAUUAGAACGGAGACUUGAGAGCCAGGCCUUCUCCACCAACAUCAGUGUGUGACCUCACCAAUGCGCUUUUGGAAGAAUGGUGGAAAAUUCCUAUAAACACACUCCGCAACCUUGUGGACAGCCUUCCCAGAAGAGUUGAAGCUGUAAUAGCUGCAAAAGGUGUCAUAUUGAACCCUAUGGGUUAGGAAUGGGAUGGCACUUCAAGUUCAUAUGUGAGUCAAGGCAGGUGGACAAAUACUUUUGGCAAUAUAGUGUAAAUGUAAAAUGGUACACUGCAGUUUUGUCAAAACUUGGACAACAAAUCAAUACCAACCCACAAAAUUAUUGUUUUUAGCGUAGUUCGCCCUUAACCCGGACACAGAAGUCCUGCCUGAUGAAUAUGUCUUAAUAAAAACAAUACAAACAUGUAACAAGGACUUAAUUUAACACCGAUUAUGUUGAAUACGCUUUGUCAAAAUUGCGAUGUAGCGAGGGUUGACUGUAUUCCAAAGCAAGUCCCAAUAUUAGGACUUUUAAAUCUCAUAAUUUCAUCUUUCUUAUUCCAUUAUUUCGGCUUUUUAGCUGACAAUUAUGAGUUUUUGUCUAAAAAUGUCAACUUUCUUACCUCAUUAUUUCGAUGUUUAUCUCAUAAUUAGGGCUUUUUUUUCCUCGUAAUUUUAACUUAAUUACAAACCCCGUUUCCAUAUGAGUUGGGAAAUUGUGUUAGAUGUAAAU